AUGGGAAAUGAGUGUGGAAAGAUUUUGUUUGGCCUGCUGCGUUACCGUAUGGAUCCCACUCCUGUGCUUGCUCUUAAAGAGUGCUCUAAGUCCACCGAGCUGCUGAUCCGCAAGCUGCCCUUCCAGCGCCUGGUGAGGGAGAUCGCUCAGGACUUCAAGACCGACCUGCGCUUCCAGAGCUCCGCCGUCAUGGCUCUGCAGGAGGCCAGCGAGGCUUACCUGGUCGGCCUCUUCGAGGACACCAACCUGUGCGCCAUCCACGCCAAGAGGGUCACCAUCAUGCCCAAAGACAUCCAGCUGGCCCGACGCAUCCGCGGAGAGAGGGCUUAAACUCUCAAACCACCUUUACAACAACACAACGGCU